AUGAUAGAUCAAAAUAUUACCAAUAUAACCAAUAUUAUUUAUAAUGGUAAUAAUAGUUCAACAUUUUCAUUAAUUGAAACAGUCAAAAAUGGUAAUUUAAAAGGGUGUAUUAGCUUUAUCGAAAAAAUAAGAUUACAGAACCCAAGUUUGGACUUAAGCGAAAUCAUAAAUGGUGGUGACGAAUCUGGAAAUACAGCAUUACAUUGGGCAUGUUACAAAAAACUAUAUGAUAUAGUUAAAUAUUUAUUAUCAAUGGGAGCCGAUCCAAAUAUACCCAAUACAGACGAACUACAAACACCAUUUCACUGGGCAUGCAUUGGUGGAGAUCUAUUCAUUAUAAAAUAUGUGUUCAACAACGGUGGUGACCCACACCUUCAAGAUAAACGUGGUUACAACUCAUUAAUACACGCAACUCAAUACAACGAAAUCAGUGUUUGCAGAUAUUUGAUUGACAAAGGUGUAAAUGUAGACUCUCCAGAUUUUUUACAAAAGACCACUCUUCACUGGGCUGCCUAUCAAGGUCAUACCCAAUUAGUUUUAUUUUUAGUUAAUAAAGGUGCUGACAUCAAUGCAUUGGACUCCAUUGGCAGAUCUCCUUUGCACUGGGCCUGCUUCAAAGGUAACAGCGACCCAAUCAAAGCAUUGUGCGAUUUUGGCUCAAAAACCAACGAAAAAGAUCACAACAACCAAACACCAUCCGAUAUCUGCAAAUCUAAAGAUUUUAAAUAUCUAACAAACUACAUCACUACAUUCCCAUUUCACCCAUUUAGAAAAAUUGGCCCAUUAUUAUAUAAUGUAAUUUGGAUUUUAAUGUCAUUUUCUAUACAAAUUUUAUUUGGCUUCAUUAUUUAUUACUUUUCAUUUAUACCAUCUUUAAUAUUACUAGUCGCUACAGCAGCAUUAUGUAAAUUAUUUAUAGAACCAAUUGCAUUACCAAAUUCACCCAACCCAUUUUUGGCAACUUGGAUGAUCACAUCAUUCUCUGUUUGGGUCAUUUAUUAUAUCAGAUAUAUUAUACCAGCAUUCCCAGUAUAUAUUUUAACACAUAUAACUACACUAUUUAUUUUAUCAAGUUUCUAUUAUUGUGCAUUCAAACUAUUUUUCAGCGAUCCAGGUACAGUAUCAGCCUCGACAACCUCUCAAGACUCUAUCGAUUUUAUGAAUUCUGUUGAAAAAGAAUUAGACAUACCCGAAGUAUGUUCGACUUGUUUAAUUAAUAGACCCAUUAGAGCCAAACAUUGCAGAACUUGUAAAAAAUGUGUCGCACGUUUCGAUCAUCAUUGUCAAUGGAUCAACAAUUGUGUUGGUGUCAAUAACAAUUUAUUAUUUAUUUUCCUUUUAAUUUCAUUUGUAAUUUCAUAUUUAUUUAAUUUAGGUAUGGAUGAGAAUGCACCCAUUUUUUCUGAUGCAAAAUGGGGCGAAUGGUUUGGUUAUCACUAUGGCACCUAUAAAGGUUUAAUUUUAUUUAUGUUUUAUGAGACUUUAGUUUUAUUGUGGUUAUCCAGAUUAUUAUAUGUUCAAAUUACAGGUGUAAUUAACAAUGUAACCAUGUUUGAACUUAUGAGACCACCCAAAGGAUCAAAAAAGAAAUGUUGCAAUCAACAUGCUCAAGAAUCAUCACAACAAAAAGAGAGUGAUGUUGCAAUUCCAAUCAAAUCAGAUCAAGACAACGAUAAUGACGAAGACGAUGAUGAUGAUGAUGAAAAUAAAAACCCAUCAAAUAAAUCAUUUAAUAAAAAUUCAAGAGAUUUGGAUCCAACUGAAACUAAUUUUAGAGACUCCAUUUUAAUACCAAAUAGAAAUCAUAACUCUGAUGAUCACAAUCCAUUCCACAGAGGUUCAGCACGUGAAAAUAUUAGAGAAUUUAUUUAUGACACCUCAAAAUGGUUUAGAUAUACAACUUUAAAACAAUUUUAA